CCGUACUUUUUCGCUGGCUUUUAGAAGUUUUAGAACUUUAGAAGUUUUAGAACUUUUAUUGGCCAACACAUCAUCAACAUAUGUCAUAUCGACAAAAAAGUUAAAGGAAAAAUUUGCGGGUUUAACCUUUGUUCUUUGCCGUUUGUCUCUUUGUUAGUGCGUUCUUAUUUUUAGUUUGCCGUGGAGAUCUGAUCUUAUUGAAGUUCAUGCUUUAUAGCUGUUAUUACUUAUUAGUUAAUUGCAGCUUUCGAGUUCUCCUUUAACUGGUAAGAUUGGUCGCCGACUCGCAGUCCCCUGUUUUCGACGAAUUCCUUGGACUGGAUAGUAGAUACUUUUGCGUUAUGGCCGAUCAACCACCGUUCGUUGUGCUGGAUACCAGCAUGGGUAAAGUUGCCGUGGAACUGUACUGGCACCAUGCACCAAAAACUUGCCACAAUUUUGCUGAACUGGCUCGACGUGGGUACUAUGAUGGAAUUGCUUUCCACAGGAUAAUUCAGAAUUUUAUUAUCCAAGGUGGCGAUCCAACAGGAACGGGCCGUGGAGGACACUCGGUUUAUGGGAAAACAUUUGCGGAUGAAAUUCAUCCAGAUUUGAAACAUGCAGGAGCGGGGAUCUUGUCGAUGGCCAAUGCCGGACCGAACACCAAUGGCAGCCAAUUUUUCAUAACACUGGCCCCGACUGCGCAUUUGGAUGGGAAGCAUGCAAUCUUCGGAAGGAUCUGUAAAGGCAUGAAGACUGUUGAGCGGUUAGGAAAAGUUGAAACUGGAAAAGAUGAUAAACCCUUGCACGAAGUCAAAAUAGUGAAAGCUUACCUUGCUGAUGAUUUAGAAGAAACCUAAUAUUACGGAAAGAAAAGUUGUUGGAAUACAGCACCUUGCUUUCUGCUUGUUGCUUUUAGUGCCCAUCUUAAUUUUUUGGUACGGAUUACUGUUUCAGUCAGUAUUUUCUCAUGGUCAGUUUCAGUCAUCAGUAAUGACGUGAAUGCAAUAUUGUAGAAGUAUACUACCGAGUUACGAUGCUGUGAAUGAGCGUUUGCGAAUUACAGUGUCCUCGCGCUCAAAAUGUUCCCCUACUACAAUGGAGAUUAUUGUACAGAUGAUCGCUUUUUGAAAUGAAAUGUUGGA